UCCCCUUACCAACGGGCCAAUUGAACAACUACCUCAACGAGAGACGUUACUAUCUCGAUCGCGUAGUAAAGUAACUUAACCUACUUUCUUAAAAACCACGUAAACUAACAACAUCACAUCAAAAUGCGUGAAUGUAUUUCAAUCCAUGUUGGUCAAGCUGGUGUUCAGAUUGGAAAUGCCUGUUGGGAAUUGUACUGUCUUGAACACGGAAUCCAGCCCGAUGGUCAAAUGCCAAGUGACAAGACCAUUGGCGGCGGAGAUGACUCAUUCAAUACCUUUUUCAGUGAGACUGGCGCUGGAAAACACGUCCCAAGAGCUGUGUUUGUCGACCUGGAGCCCACUGUUGUAGAUGAGGUCCGUACUGGAACUUACCGUCAGCUUUUCCAUCCUGAACAGUUGAUCACAGGCAAAGAGGACGCGGCUAAUAAUUAUGCUCGUGGACAUUACACAGUAGGAAAAGAGCUGAUCGACAUUGUCUUGGACAGAAUCAGAAAACUGGCUGAUCAAUGUACUGGUCUUCAAGGUUUUCUGAUUUUCCACUCUUUUGGUGGUGGYACAGGCUCMGGAUUCUCGUCUCUCCUCAUGGAACGUCUUUCYGUCGAUUAUGGCAAGAAAUCCAAGCUUGAGUUUGCUAUUUACCCAGCUCCACAGAUCUCYACGGCUGUCGUUGAACCAUACAACUCCAUCCUGACAACCCACACCACACUGGAGCACUCCGACUGUGCUUUCAUGGUUGACAACGAGGCUAUCUAUGAUAUCUGUCGUCGUAACUUGGAUAUUGAAAGACCUACCUACACCAACUUGAACCGUCUGAUUGGCCAGAUUGUAUCGUCCAUCACGGCUUCUCUGCGUUUCGAUGGUGCCCUCAAUGUGGACUUGACUGAGUUCCAGACCAACUUGGUACCCUACCCACGUAUCCACUUCCCCUUGGCUACUUAUGCUCCUGUCAUCUCUGCAGAGAAAGCCUAUCACGAGCAGUUGAGCGUAGCUGAGAUCACCAAUGCCUGCUUUGAGCCAGCCAAUCAGAUGGURAAGUGUGAYCCRCGUCAUGGYAAGUACAUGGCMUGCUGUCUGUUGUUCCGUGGUGAUGUYGUYCCCAARGAUGUCAAUGCAGCCAUUGCAACCAUCAAGACCAAGAGAACCAUCCAGUUUGUCGAYUGGUGUCCCACUGGAUUCAARGUUGGCAUYAACUAUCAGCCACCCACAGUUGUUCCUGGAGGUGACUUGGCCAAAGUACAACGUGCUGUCUGCAUGUUGAGCAACACCACAGCCAUUGCUGAGGCSUGGGCUCGUCUUGAUCACAAGUUUGACUUGAUGUAUGCCAAGCGUGCUUUUGUUCACUGGUAUGUUGGAGARGGUAUGGAGGAAGGAGAGUUCUCUGAAGCCCGUGAGGAUUUGGCUGCUCUUGAGAAAGAUUACGAGGAAGUCGGUGUUGACUCCACCGAGGAAGAAGGAGAAGAAGAGGGAGAAGAGUACUAAACAACUGUAAACUAUUUUUUGUCGUCAAUAAAUUGUUUUAUCAACACUU